AUGCUCUUUCCACCCCCCACCGAGGCCUGGCCCCAGAGGUUUUCCUCAGACCCCGAGGCCCAAGGCUGGGGGGUCUGGAGCUGGACUGAGAAGACCCCUCUGAAGCCAGAGGGUGGGAAAGUGGAGGAUGAUGAGGAAGAUACAGGCUUCCCCCCGUUUCUAAUGGACAGGGAGGACCUGUCUGAGGACCUGGCUGAGUACUCAGUUCCAGACCAGGAGCUGGAGGCCAUCAAACUGAAGCUGUGGGCCAUGGAACAGGCCCAGGGGCCAGAGCUGCCCAGGGCGCAGGACCAGGUCGGAAAAGAGGAGGCAGCUAGCUGCCCAGAGCCCGGCCCACCCCUGUCCUGCUCUGGGGUCCCUGAGAAGGUGGAAAUGGACCACAGAUCCAUGUACGUGGGCAACGUGGACUAUAGGGUCACUGCUGAGGAGCUGGAGGCCUACUUCAACAUCUGUGGGGAGGUCCAGCAGGUCACCAUCCUGUGCAACAAGUUUUCUGGACACCCCAAAGGCUAUGCCUACAUCGAGUUUGCUACUGACUCAGCCCAGGCUGCUGUGGGGCUGGACAAGAGCAUCUUCCAGGGCCGGGUCAUCAAGACGGUGAGAGUACAUUGCUAUUGUUUGAAGUCCCUUCCCCCUCCAGUGAAAAGGUGGGUGGAAGGUCUGAGUGUCAGGAACCGUGCCAAGGUCACCCAGCAGCUCAGGGCAGAGCCAGGCUUGGUCGAGGAAUUUCUGAGCGUGGUCGGGACCAUGAGCAGUGGGGCCGCAGUCUUCUACCCCAACCAGUUCCUCUUUAGAUGCAUUUUCUUGAUCCUUUCUGUGUGGCCACUUCGAGGACAGAGUGAGCCCAGGGGUCCCUCCUUUCCUGUGGACUGCAGGCCUGAGCAGACUAAGGUGGAAGAAGGAUGGAAAGCGCUCCUGGACGUGGCUGCCAUGGGCUCUGAGCAGUGA